AUGGCUGGAGGCAAACCCCGUGGUCUUAACGCCGCUAGAAAGCUGCGAACGAAUCGCAAGGACCAGAAAUGGGCCGACCUUCACUAUAAAAAGCGUGCUCUAGGCACUGCUUUCAAGUCUUCUCCUUUUGGUGGUUCCUCUCACGCCAAGGGCAUUGUUCUCGAGAAGGUUGGUGUUGAAGCCAAGCAGCCCAACUCCGCUAUUCGAAAGUGCGUUCGCGUUCAGUUGAUCAAGAAUGGCAAGAAGGUCACAGCUUUCGUUCCCAACGAUGGUUGCUUGAACUUCGUCGACGAAAAUGACGAAGUGCUCCUGGCUGGUUUCGGUCGCAAGGGCAAGGCGAAGGGUGAUAUUCCCGGUGUUCGUUUCAAGGUCGUCAAGGUUUCCGGUGUCGGUCUGCUUGCCUUGUGGAAAGAGAAAAAGGAGAAGCCCCGUUCCUAA